UUCGUUAUUUCCGGCAUAAGAUACAUGAGCUCGUAGCCCCUUCGUGCAUUCCCUCUCGUCCAUUCUAUCUCGAGAAGUUGGAUGGGGUUGACUCGAAAUCUGAACUAAUCAGCGGAUUCUGAAGCAAUCUAACCUUUUUCAACUUGCGAAAUGAGAGCUAAGUGGCGUAAGAAGAGGAUGCGUAGGCUAAAGCGCAAGAGGAGGAAGAUGCGCGCGAGGUCUAAAUAAGCAACUUCUUCACAUAAAAUCUCUCCGUGGGAAGAAUAGACCUCCAGAUGAAAUUUCAUCAUUCAGCAAAUAUCCUGAGCAGGAACAACAAUUCCAUCGAGCUAAAUUAAUAAUGGGCAUGUUUUUCACACAGAGAGCAUUUUGUACAUGUAAAUCUUGUUUGGUUAAAUAUACAGACUAUUCAAGAUAAUCCAGUGUAGCAUUGAAUCUACCGGCAUCCCUUUCACCUUGAUCCAAGUUUAAACAAUUAUCGUAAAAUAUUUAUUAAAUAUUUUAUAAUUCAUAAUUAUUUAAUAUAAUUCAAAGAAAGAUGUAUAGUUGGCGUACGAAUUAAGUGUAUAUUCGCAAACGCAACUUCUCCACGUUCCAAUAUCAGCAUCGUGACCUAACCUCAAUUAACCUAGACUGUAUCCCGAGAUCGUUCGAGAUGCGCUCGUGUAUUCUGAAGAAUUUACUUCGCACGCGACGAGUAUUACUGGAAUCUUACGGCAAAAAUCAUGAGACGCUAACGUAUUCGCAAUUGAAAUUAACGAGACGAUUUUCGAGUGACUUGAAAAUAAAAUGUGACCACGAGAACGAUAACACGCGAAAGGAUGACGAUCAUAACCUCGCUGCUGCCAUAAAUACGAGAUACAAAUUCUUUGACGACAAGGAUGCGGACGUAAUACUUGAUGUAAGCGAGGAGCAGGAAAAAAUCGCUCUUGAAGAUUUAAAUGCGCAAGAGGAAGUCCGCGAUCCUUACGUCGACCUCAACCUAAAGCACGGCACUACUGGCGUAUACGAUAUCGAGGACCUCGUCACGUUGCUGGAUAGGGACAAAGCCAAGAAUAUUUUCGUCGCAUCGGUACCAAAAAUAUACAGUUAUGUGGAUUACAUUGUUGUUGUAACCGGAAAGUCGCAGAAGCAUAUGAAAGCACUUGCCACUUUCGUGCGCAAAGUUUACAAACUUAAAAGAUACAAGACCGACUUAAUACCCAAGAUCGAAGGAGAGAAUGCAACUGAUUGGAUAGCUAUAGAUCUCGGAAACAUUGUUUUGCACAUCUUUUCUGAUGGUGCCAGAAGAGAGUACGAUUUAGAAACUCUGUGGACAGUCGGCUCGCAAUACGACGAUAAAACGAAGGGUACAACUGAAGAUGUAAAUCUUAUGGAUCAGUAUAAUGCUUUCUUGGCAAAUCUCCAACCAGCUGAUAACACACAGUGAUACGUGUGUGUAUAAUUUAAUGAUACAGUCUAAAUUAAAAUAGCUCGAUCCAUUCUGUUUUAAGUUUAGAGCAAUAAAGACAUUGUUAAACUAAUAA